AUGGGCCGCUACGAGCUCGAGUAUCCCAAAGACGCAACCAACACCGUCAAACGACAUGGCGAACGAGGUGUAUACGCUCUCGAGAAAAUUCACGGGCUCAUCAACUCGACCCAGCUCCUGCACAUCUCGUUCAACCCCCCAGACUCACCCUUCCCCGUCACACUCCCCAUGAUCGGCCAGAUGGGCUCCUUCGACCGUCCCAGCGCCUCGCUCGGCGACCCCCUUGACCUCUACAUCCAUGGCUACGUCUCGGGUCGCCUGUUCAACAUCGGCCGUGCCGCAGGGGACGCGGGCAUGCCCGUAUGCGUCGCCGCCUCUCACGUCGACGGCCUUGUCCUCGCCCUCUCGGCCUUCAACCACAGCUACAACUACCGGUCCGCCGUCCUCUUCGGUCAUGCGACUCUCGUCACCGACGACGACGAGAAGAUGUACGCCAUGGAGCUCAUCACGGACAGCGUCGUGCCCCAGCGAUGGAAGAACACGAGGCUGCCGCCCACCGGUGCCGAGCUGCAGAGCACAAGCCUUCUCAAAAUCAAGAUUUCGUCCGGCAGCGCAAAGUUCCGCGAUGGAGGCGUCAUCGACGACAGGCACGACCUCCAAAACGACAAUGCCCUCAACACCGUCUGGACAGGCACGGUGCCCAUCUACUCAACCAUGGGGGAACCCAUCCCGAGCGACCACAACAGGGUCGAGCUGCCCCCGUACGCGGCCGAGUUUUUCGACGACUUCAGGAACGGCAACAAGGAGUAUGCUGUUGCGGCGGCAGUCAAGAAGCCCGAACCGGACGAACCGUAA